AUGUAUCAAGAUCGUCAAGGCCUUGUAGGCGGUGGAGGAUCCACCCCACACGGUAUCAUACUCGCCGUCGUCGUUGCAUUGGUAGUGUUCGUUCCUUUCUUCCUCGGAGACGGAGGAGAAGCCAUCACAGAAGGGAUAGCAGAGGUUCUGAGUCCAGUGGGACUUCUCUUACUCCCAAUCAUCCUCCUCCUCACCAUCCAGUUCCUCUCCUCUGAACGUGGCUCCUUCGUCUCCGCCAUUUUCUCCACCGGAGAGCCUGAAUCUAUUCACCGUGUUAGCGGAUCUCCGGUAGGAGUUGCAUUGUUCCUAGUCUUGAUCUUGUUCUUACUCUAUAACAGAUUCUCUGUCUUAGGUGGAGAUGGUGACUCCGACGAGUAA